UGCAAGCAGCGUUAAAUGAACUUGCCUGAGUAGGAAGUUCUCACGCGGAGCUUUUUUCUUAUCCAGAAGCGGAAACAGGCGAGGCGGCUUGGACUUUCAAGCGAUUUCUGCGACAUAAACGUGCGUUUGUACACUUGCUGAGGGAUGGGUGAACCCGGAGUGGUGCUGGACCUGCGGGAAUACAUCAGCAAUCUGGACCGGUCAUCCUUACCUCGGAUCCUGCAGGUCUGCUCCGGAGUUUACUUUCAAGGCUCAGUGUAUGAGCUGUCCGGGAGCGAGGUGUGCCUGUCUACUGGAGACUUGGUGAAGGUCACUGGUUUGGAACUCCUGUCCAUCUGUUGUGAAGACAUUAGCACCAACACCACAUUCGAACUGCCUCUAGAACAUUCAGGUCUCUUCAAACUGGUUCCUGAAGACCUACCCUACAGUACAAUAGAAGAAGUAGUAGGCCUGCAACCUGUCGGUGUGGAUGCCUGCGGCUCCUUCACCUUCAUCAGUAGAAAUGAGCUGAUCAUAGACAACUUCACGGUGCCAGCUGGAAAAGAGAUAACGUUGUUGUCUGUGGAGGUCACUGAAGAUGGGGAGAGAUGUGCCCGUUGUCAGCUAAUGGGGCAGCAGGGAGCCUCUGCAGAUAUGCUUAUUCCCUUUUCCUACCACGGAGAGUUCUAUGAGUGUGAGAAUGAUCGUGGCUACUCUCUGCAAGAGAUUAUGAUGUCAGACAGGCUGUGCAGGAGACGCUUCCGCAAAAUAAAAUCAAAGAAAUGUGGUGGUCCAUUGCUUUUUGCUCCGAUCUAUCAAAUCCAAGGCAUCAUGCACAUGAGAAAGAACAUAGUGAAGUUCCCCUCCAGCUUGGAAGUGGAUGUUAUUGACGUGACUGAACAAAGUAAAGAUUUAACAUUUGUAACUCCACUAUCGAUGGCUGAGGUAGUCACUCAGCCAAAAACGGCCUUUCCUACCAUGGCAGAGAUUCUGGAAGGCCCCGAGGCCAAUCGGUUCUUUUGCUGCAGUUGGUUCAAAGAGCUGCAAAAAGGCAAACACCUUGUGUUGCACAAGUGGGACAAUACAGCAAUGGUGUUAGCAUGCACCCCAAGGGGGAGGAAAGCCCAACAAUACUUCCUGAUUUCACAUGGCUAUGGUGGCCAAAUGCGGAGAAGACCAAGGGAGUUUAGCUCAGUGUACGAGUUGUAUGUAGCAUUCUCUCGCUGUCCUGGCUUGAAAGUAAGUGUGACAAGACACUGUGAGGCAGUGGAAGAGGAAGGGGUGCCUGCUCUUAGUGUUGGUGAACUACUGGAGGUUUUGAAGUUACAGACAGUGGAGGUAUCAGGAGGUGACUUGGGACCUGCACAGAAGCUGGAAAGCUUGAUCUGCAAAAGGAUCAUAGAGGAGGAUGAAGAUGAUGAUGAAGAAGAUGAGAAUCAGGAAGAAAGUGAAGAGAUCUGCCUGCCUUUGUUUACUGAGGCCCACUUUGUAGAGAAGCUUUCAGACAAGAAGAAGUAUUGCUUAACAGGUAUAGCAAAGAACUUUUCCUUGCCUCUUGAAGUCAAAGUAGUAAGUCGUGAUAAAGUUCUGGAAAAAGACCCAUUGGUAGGGUUAACGGCAGUGGUACUGGAAGAGGCUCUAGAGGAGACCACAGUGCUUGCAAGCCUGCCUGACAGUCCGGAGCAGUGCUUUGCUUUGCCAACCCGUUGGUUGCAAAUGUCUCUGUGCUUCACCUCAGACCCCUUGCCCUGGGCUGAAGGCCAGACCCCUGAGCUUCACCUAGAGACUGUCACUGAGGUAACAGACCAUUUCUAUCAUGAAUAUCACAGGCUUACACAGACAGAUAUGGCUCCACCUCCACGUCCUCCAAAGCGCAAGCCAUCAUCCUCAGAACCCCAGAAAACGCGUGGUAAGCCUAAAGCUCGUGCAAACAAAAAAAGUAGCACUCUCCCUGAAAAACUGGACAAUCUGUCUCUGGACCACACAAAGCCCGCCCUAAGCAAGCGCAGUCCACCACCUCCACCACCACUUGAAUCUGCAGAAGAACCUCCUCCAGUGAUACCUAGAAAGUCUGUCUCAGAGAAUUUGACUACACCCAAUACAUAUGUGCAGACCCCAAGGAAACAGCAGAAAAAGCAGCACCACACAGAAAGGACAUCCUCAGGCAGCGAUCAUGACUACGAAACUGUGGAUGAUGUGAUACAGGUCCAUGACAGUAUCAUGUUUUACUAAAUGAGAUCUGGGAAGAGGUAGCAAUAUGUUUUUUUUUGUUUGUUUUUUUUUUUAAAUCGACAGGUUUGCAUAUUGAGCUGCAUGAGAGCGAAUGUGUGUUAUUCUGGAAAAUAUUUAAUCUAACAGGGAACAUAAGGGGUUCUGUUUUUAAUUUUAUUAGCAUGUAGCAAAAUUAAGAGACAGCAAACUCCAGAGAUGAAAACAAAGACUAUUACAAAACCAUUUAUUUUAAACAGAAAAUGUUUAAAGAACAGAUAUUGUGUACUUUUAUAUUAAAAUUGUUUAUCAACAA